AUGUUCUGCAUACUGUACUCGAUUCUUGGCAUUCCACUGAUACUUCUCACAAUGGCCAAUUUUGGAAAAAUCAUAACGAAAGGAUACUGGUAUUUGAUGUAUCUCUGUAAACUUCCCGUGGCCCGUUCCAAACUCAGCACUGAUGCGAACAUGCCGCUGCCGAUCAUUCUUUUGCUGUUCGCCUGCACGUUUUACUUCGGGUCCAAGUUCAUCCAUCACACCGGCGUUCGACACAGCGUGGACGAUGUCUAUUUCAGCUUCAUCAGCUUUACAACGGUAGGUUUUGGCGACACGUUGCCGGUGACGGACAGCAUUGGUCGGCUGUGCUUCAUGCUGCUCUACCUUACCUGGGGCAUCAUGCUCACGACGGCUUUGUUUGGUGUGCUGAACCAGUAUCUGAGAAAGGUGCACUACUUGGGUCGACGGUUCACGGGCGCACGUGACGUGCCGGUCUGGAUGGGUGGUCAGUGUAUCACGGUGUCCCAACUGCUGCAAAUCGUCGCCAAUGAGUUCGAUGCAUCCCCUCGUGAGGUUCGCUCGAUGCUGCAAGAUCUUGACGAGAUUAUCACCAGUGCCACGGCUGAGAAAGGCGAAAACGUGCCUCUUGUCACGGAAAUCGAAGAUUUUGAUGUUUACGAGUAG